CGACCGACCCGCCGAUGCCGACACAUCCAUCACUCGGCUAUUAACGGCGAUGACGUCAUUCGCAUUGCAGGUGCCAGUACAGACCAGCGCCGACUAAAACUCCAUUUGAUUCCAGACGCGCUGGUGGAAAAGAUCCUGUCAGUCUGCGGCUCGAUAUUGCUCCACGAGUAUUGCAGCAGGCAGCAGAAGGAAAAUAUCCGCAGUGCGGCCAAUGGCAGAAUACGUAUCUUGAUUCUUGCGGUGCGCGACAGGUAAAAAAAUUCUGUCGUGUUUUGGUUCGUGAAACAAAAGACUGAAGACGUUCGUUUUCGUUUCGCAAUGCUGCCACUUCGGAAUCAAGGAAAAUAUUAUUGUUGUGAUAAUUGUUUUGACAAUGUUUUAUAUUAAUGUAUCUCGCCAUUUCAGUCAGCGUGAGAUAAGAUGUGUUUUUUAUGUAAAGAAAUUUUUAGCAUAAACGAAAGAUGACAUCGCCAGGUGGGUCAAAUCAAGUUAGAAAACGCAUAACUUUAAAAAACAAGGCAUGUCCUAACCCUUUAUUCGAAAUGUGGCUUCAGGAAUGGAAGGAAUCCGCAGAUAAAAAGGGAUCGGACAUGAAAUAUUGUUUUGGGAAAGCCCUAGCUUCUCUUAGGAAAUUCCCAUUGAGGUUAAAAAGUGGCAAGGAAUGUGGGAUUCUACAAAACUUUGGCAAUCGAAUAUGUGUAAUGUUGGAUCGUAAACUAGCAGAGUACAAGAAAGAACACCCAGAACUUGACUUAAAUUCACCAUCAUCAUCUGGUGAAAGCCCACCUAAGUUACCUUCACAUCAAAAAGCCAAAGAGAGAGUCAGGUCAACAGUUCAGGCAAAUGGUCGCCAUAAAACGCAGCGAGAUUCCGAGUAUGUACCAGCUUAUAGAUCAGGGCCAUAUGCUCUGUUGCUGACUCUGUUGAAAAAUUCAGAACGCCAUGACUAUAAGGGUUACAUGACGAAGUCAGAGUUGCAAACCCAAGCUCAGGACCUUUCCGAUACAUCGUUCACGAAACCUUUACCGGAAUCGCGAUACACAGCGUGGUCCUCUAUGGCGACACUGGUGCGGAAAGGACUCGUGGUCCGAAACAGCAACCCUGCAAAGUUUUCUCUCUCUGACAAAGGCAAAGAAUUAACCAUCAAACUUAGAAGUUGUGUUGGGACUGUAAAUGAUGCUAUGAAUGGUACCCAUUCAACAAAUGAAAUUUCUUCGCAGGAAUCAGUUUUCACAGCAGUUUCUACAUUAUCACGUGCGAGCAGUGCGAGUGAGCCGAGUGAACAGAUGGAACAGUGCUGUAGGACGACAGUAUCGCCAACUAGUAAACAAGUGCGUGGUGACAGGCGGGAUGUGUGUUCAGAAUCCAGCUGCAUCAUCUUCGAGCCGGGCUCUUUCGACGUGGUGUUGCUGGUGGACAAGCACGAAACGGCGGGCGGAGCCAGCUCGAAGGAGAGCGAUGCGACGGUGUCGGAGCUCACGAGCCGCGGCGCGAGGUUCGAGCUGCGGCACCUGAAGGUCGGGGACUUCGCGUGGGUGUGUCGCCACGGGACCACGGGCGAGGAGCUGGUGCUGCCGUACAUCGUGGAGCGGAAGCGCACGGACGACCUGGGGAAGAGCAUCAAGGACGGGCGCUUCCACGAGCAGAAGUUCCGGCUGAAGCAGUGCGGGGUGCAGAACGUGAUCUACCUGGUGGAGAGCCACGGCACGGACCAGCACACGGGCCUCCCGCUGCCCACGCUGCAGCAGGCGGUGGUGAACACACAGGUGGUGGACGGCUUCACCGUCAAGAGGACGGCGAGCCACCGCGAGUCCAUGUCGUACCUCGCCACCCUCACCCGGCUCUUCCGCGCCUCGUUCCGCCGCAAGACCCUGGCCGGCUGCCCCAAGCGGGACCUGCCGCCCUUCGCGCUGGAGGGGGACUUUGCCUCGCUGCUCGUGUUCUCCGAGUUCAGCAAGCUGUCUGGGAAGGCGAAGAACUACUCUGUGAGGGAGAUGUUCGUGAAGCACCUGCUGCAGCUGCGGGGCCUGUCGGUGGAGAAGGCCCUGGCGAUAGUGGGGUGCUACGAGUCGCCCCGCGCGUUGCUGCGUGCCUACGAGCAGGGAGGGGGCGAGAAGCUGCUCGCGGAGAUUCGGUACGGUGCGUCCAACAGACUGAUCGGCCCUGUGAUAAGCCGAGCCAUCUACUACCUGUACACCAACGACACCUUGAAGUAGAGAUUCGCAACAUUUAUCUGCUGCUGUAUGGUUGAAAUUAUUUACAAAGUUAGUUAGUUCCUCUCUGAUCAUUAAGUAUGUACAAAUUUGUAGCUUAAACUUGUGUUAUUAUUUGUUGUGUGUGUAGAGCUGGUUCCGGCAAUAAAUACUAAUAGUGUCAAUCUGUUUUAUGUUAUAAAUCAUCGUUUAUAUUGUUAAUAGUAAGUUAUUGAUUGAAACUGAAUAACACUUCUUAUUCAUACAAACUACUAUUUAAUUGAGGUAUGCAUGUGCAGGCCUAAUCCGGACUGUGUUCCAAGUCUCAUGCUAAGGUAAUGCUGGAACCACGCAAUGCGAGAUGCAGGCAGUCUGACUCUUGUGGGAGGAUCUCGUGCACACACACACACACACACACACACACACGCGCAAGUUUACGCUAGCAAGUUGCUGUUUGUAAAGAGGGGCUCGGCAGAAUGUGAUCCUGCCAUAAGUUUGUGCUAUGUUUGUAACAUUCAUGUUGACUAUAUUUAAAAGAAAAUUAUUUCAUCCAA